GAUGUUAUAAUUUCUCACGACUCUUCCAUUCAUUAAUGACAACAUCCCUAUUAACAUUUCGGGUCCCCUCAACAAAGUCGGGACGCUAUCAUUCCUGCUCAUCCAUCUCGCAACAUGUCUAGCACGCUAGUUCUUGUCAACACAACCUCGAGCUCCUCGUCACUCUCCCGAUCCAACCAUGAAGGUAAAACUGAACGUAGCAUGCAUUCAGCACGAUCCGUAGAAGAGGACGACGACCUCACAAUCCGUCCGAGUCCUAGACGCAAACCUCCCCUCAAAAUCCCCAAACAACACGUCAUCACAAACACAAUCACGUCCUACCUAUCCAAAUCCGACAGUCAUGAAGAGGUGGUCUUGGUCACAAUCAAUAGCUCACCGGAGGUGUCUUUCACUUUACACAAACCCCUCCGAAAUAGACGAUCAUUGGAAGAAAACGCAUGCGAAGCUAUACAAGACCUAAUGGACGCACACGAAUUCUUCGAGAUCAUCAAAAACCCACAGACGGAGAAUUACAAAGACGUACUUCCUUUCCUCAUCACGAGAAGAAAGAAGUUUUUCAAGAAACGUCUGUGGGCAGUACGAGCCACGUUAAAAUCCAUGAACGGGGAAUGGAGUACACUGGAUACCUCCCCUUCGAUCCAUGAGGAGUUUGCAAGUUUUAGCAGCAUCGCGUGCUUGCGGUUUGGCGCGCUGCCGCCUGUGGACAUGCUCAUUAAGCUGUCUAUCGAGAUUCAAACGUGCGCGCGCGUCAAUAUCGAUGAAGUACCAAUGGGGCGGCUGGUACAGAUUUUUGACCGCAUGUUUGAGGACUGCCAUCUGCUUUUGCGAUCGCGCACGGUUGCGAAGGCGGUACCGAGGUCAGGGGUUGCUGCUGCGAAGUCCGCAAUGGAGAGGUUUUUACCGCUUUCGGGCGGCGUGGAUUAUUUGAUAAAGUUUUGUAGGAAUACUUUUUGUGGUCGAGAGGUUCGUUACCAGUGGACCGACAGGGGUCGUUUCGAGGAUUAAGUGGGGCUGACGGUCAACACAACGUCUGUAGCAAUAUCACGGAAAGCAGUAGACACUUUUUAGAAGUAAUAAUUCUUGUAAGAUACAUUGUAUUACAACAUUAAAAAACACCAGUUCAAGUUGUCCUGGCACAACCAAUG